AUGGGGCAUCUCCAUUGCGGCCCUCGCUGCCUCCUCUCAGCUUUAGGACGCCGGGAAUGCCAGGACCAAGCCGUGUCCACCCUGGGAGAGCUGUGGCUGCAGCCGGAGCAGCCCCCGCAGGAGUGGGUAAAGAUUGAGUGGCGAGUGAACCAGGAGACGACCCCGCUGCGCAUCCUGACGGUGGAGAAGAACACCACCAUCUACCCCAGCAAGAGCCCUCUUUUUGGGAGAGCCGUUUUCCAGCCGCAGACCCUCUCCCUGCGGAUCAGCCCGGUUCUCCAGAACGACAGCGGGGUUUAUACGGCAGAAUUUGCGGAUGCAUCCGGCAAUGGCACCACCCUGUGCUUUAACGUGUCGGUCCCUGGGGACGCCGACCCCAUCGUCUGCUCCUGCAACGCCAGCAACCCUGUGAGCUGGAGCACGGCCAGCGCCGACACCAGCGGGGCCUGCAACGUGACUGAUGCAGGGUUCCUCUGGUGGGCAGUGGCCGUGUCACUGGGGCUGGCACUGACCGUCUCCAUAGCCCUCGUUGUCAUUUGCUGCUGGCGGAGGAAGCGAGGAAAGGACCCCCCAGCAGGACCCAUCGAGGAGGCUCUGACCAUCUACGAGGAGGUGGGCAAAGCCCCAACCAUCCGAAACCCCGGUUUCCUUCCCCAGAACAGGAGUGGCAAGUCCGCCGUGGAAGGAAACACCAUUUACGCUGUCGUCUGCGCCACAGAGCAGGAACCCAGACACCCAAAGGAGCCUGAAAGCUGCACCAUCUACUCCGUGAUCCAGCCCAGGAAGGUGAGUGGGUUUUGGGCUCCACAUCCCACCCUGACGGGGUCAUCCUGCUCUGCCUCGCAGUCUCCCUCGCUCAGGAGGAAGAGGCUGGACCCAGCGUUGAUGUCCACUGCCUAUGCAGAGGUAACGGCGCG